GGCAGCGUCUUACGUCAACUAAAAAUCGAAGUAGAUUUCUCCAAGCGUACUCUUUAUUCUCUGUAUAUGCAAUAAACAAUUUAGUACAUAUGUAGUGUAACAUGGUUUUAGUAGGACCGGAACUCGCUUCUGUAAGGGGAAUAACAUUAGGAAACACAGCGUAUGGACCGAUCUGCGCUUCUUUCAGCUAAGCUCACGUUAUUGUAUCCAUUAGCAAAACUGCUAUCGCCAAAGCUACCACUUAGCUUUUCCUCCCAUAUCGUCGAGCUAAGCUAAGUAUUAGCACUUAGCCAGGGUCGCUAACCACUGACAACUGACAAAGGAAAUGGAAGAUGAAACUUUGGAUAUGAUAAAAUAAGAAGUGCUAACAGUGAGCCAAACCUACCAUCAACUCUCUGCUGGAAGUUUUGUUGCCAAUCCUUUCAUGCCACAGCUUGUAUCGAACCUGUAGCUAAACCAUGUGAGGGCUCCUUCUCUGGUCUGGGGGCAUCUCAGGACUAUACAUUCACCCCCGCUGUGCGGGGAGGACUUGUUCUGUCUGUGUGUUACUGAGUAGUCAUUAGGUAGACCAUACCUGUCUCCUACCCAAGGAGACACGCCAUGAUGUUCCGAGACCAGGUAGGAAUACUCACAGACUGGUUCAAAGGCUGGAAUGAGUGUGAACAGACGGUAGCACUGUUGUCCCUCCUAAAGAGGAUUUCUCGCACUCAAGCUCGCUUCUUACACAUCUGCCUUGAGCACUGGCUGGCAGACUGCACAGAGAUUCACAUACUAGAAGCAGAGGCCAACAAUGCAGCUAUUGUUAGCCAGUGGCACCAGGAGUCAAAGGAGAAAGUGGUGUCCUUGCUGCUGUCUCAUUUGCCACUCUUGCAGCCACGCAACAGUGAAGCCAAAUGUGAAUACAUGAAGCUGCUGCAGAAAGUAUUGAGUCACACUAUUGAAAGCAGCUUGUUUGUGGAGGAGAGCAGACAGCUGUUGUCUUACGCGCUCAUCCACCCGGCCACCACACUAGAGGAUCGCACGUCUCUGGCCAUGUGGCUGAACCACCUGGAGGAGCACCUAUCCAGCGGUUAUGCCCCGACCUCCCGAGCCCCCUCAAGCCCAUACCACCCUCACCAGGAAGAAUGGCAAACUUCUGCUGAGGUCCUGGAUCCAGGCCUCAUCUGGCAAGACAAGUCCAGCUCUUCUAGUACCUCUCCAGCAGGCCAAAAUGGACACAUGCCUUUCCCAGGGGGAAUGUCCUCACCCAUCAACAGCAAUAAUGCAGGCAUGGGUGAUCAAAUGCAGCCGAGUCCUUUGAAAAAAUCGAUGUCAAUCAUUCCCCCUAGUCCUCAAGCAUGUGGCUCUGAGUGGGUCUGCCAGGAUGAACAAGGAGGUCGACAGGCUUAUAUUUCAACAGAUCAUGCCCCGCUGUCACCCCAAAGCAGUGUUGCAUCUUCAGGCAGUGAGCAAACAGAUGAUCAGGGGUCUUUGCGCAACACUUUCCAAGAGGAUGGCAGUGGCAUGAAAGAUGUUCCUGCAUGGCUGAAGAGUCUCCGGCUUCAUAAAUAUGCAUCACUUUUCUCUCAGAUGUCCUAUGAGGAGAUGAUGAUUCUUACAGAGCAGCAUCUGGAGUCACAGAAUGUCACUAAAGGAGCUAGACAUAAAAUUGCCUUAAGCAUCCAGAAACUGCGAGAAAGACCAAGUGUGCUACGAUCCUUAGAAAAGGAUAUUUUGGAAGGUGGAAAUCUGCGCAAUGCCCUCCAAGAAUUGCAGCAGAUCAUCAUGACGCCAAUCAAAGCCUACAGUCCACCCAGUCUUUCACAGAGCACCCAAGACACCCCCCCGGCAGACUCGGCGAAGGCCGCAGUGGACAAAGAGCCUGUGCUGGAGGGGUUCCAGCCCCACAACCCUGCUCCCUGCGAUGGGGACUCCUCUGGCACGCCCAUCUCCGACAGUGAUAUUCCUGGACAGUUCACGCGUGUGAUGGGAAAAGUGUGCACACAGCUGCUUGUUUCAAGGCCAGAUGAGGAGAAUAUUAGCUGUUACCUUCAACUUAUUGAGAAAUGUCUCACACAUGAGGCGUUCACAGAAACUCACAAAAAACGGCUUGUGUCCUGGAAGCAGCAGGUCCUCAAACUGCUCCGCCUGUUCCCUCGGAAAGCUAUGCUGGACAUGCCUGUUUAUCGACCGAAAGGCUGGACAUAUGGGUCAAACUCGCUCCCCACAGCAGGAUCUGUGAGUGCAGGAGUUGGACGGAGGGGCCAGAGGCAGUUCCAGAUGACACCUCGAGGUCUCCCCGCAGGACGUAUGGGUCUUCUGAGUCCCGGUGGAAUGAGUGGAGCAUCCCCACGUCACUCACUCACUAAUCCUGCUUUAGCUGGCCAGGGUCGCCAGAGCCUGUGGUUCGCUAACCCUGGGGGCAGCAACAGCAUGCCAAGUCAGAGUCGCAGUUCUGUUCAGCGAACACACUCGCUCCCUGUCCACACUUCUCCACAAACCAUGCUCAUGUUCCAACAGCAAGAAUGCCAAGUUCCAGGUGCUGACCUUGAGAUCAACCCUACGCUGGAGUCACUGUGCCUCAGUAUGACAGAGCAUGCCUUGGGGGAUGGAACUGACCGUACAUCAACAAUAUAAAAAAGAAAAGAGAGAAAGAAGAAACACACUUCAAUGGAGGGCUGUUUGGUUCCUCGUCAUCCAGCACAAAGUAUAUGUAUGCUUAAGAAAAAAGGCAAAGCAGUCACUACAAAAUGACAAAAACUGUGUAUAUGUUCUCUAAUAUUUUUGUACUUUAUUAUAUACAACUAAGUUUAUUAAAAAUGGAAUACAGAUAAUUAUUAUAUCACAGGACAGAGAAAGGGUUAACUGAGCUGACUGCCUCAUGUCACCUGCAGGACUGUGACAUGCUGUGCGGCGCCUCAGUUUGCCAGAACUGGACAGAAAUACAGUAAAAUGGUGCUGUUUUCAACAAGUUACUCUACUCCUUUUUUCCACUGUCCUAGUACAAGGCUGCUGUCAGGAAGAGACUGAUAGCCACAGGCCCUUAGACAACAAUAUAUAGAUAAGACAUUUUCCCGCCAGAAGUAAGGCACUUUUUCAGUAAGGCACUAAAUAUAAAGCCCCAACAUUGUAUCUACCAAUUGGCAUCACUUAAAAGAUUGCCUUAUUCCAAUACAUAUUCUAGCUUUGGUAACUGCUGUGUAUCCAGCACCAUUGAUAGGGUUUGUAUUGACUAGAGCUUUCCCAAGUCCUUUGUAUUAUCUUGAAAAACAUGUUUGUACGGAAAAAUUUGGAAUUUUUAAAAACUGAACAAAUAGGUUGUUAUUUCAACAGUAAUCCUUUAUCAAGCUUGUUGCCCUAUACUUAUUCUUUUAGGAAAUGACUUUCCUCCUAACUUUUACAACGCCAAAGAGAGGUUGUGCAUUUGUCAAAUUGAGAAGUGUAUCUGAAGUGAAAGGAAACAAAGGCUGUCUUUUUCCCCAGAGAACAGCAAUUUGAAGAACUGAUGCCAGCUGCAAUUUGUUUCGUUAUUUUCUGUCCUACUACAUAAAUGAUGAUGAAUCUCAUUUUGUGCCGAGGAACCUCCUGAAUGAAUAAGGGCUGGGGCGGUCUGUGUGGCGGAGGGAGAGCUGGUGAUAUUGAAUAGAUAAAAGCGGGCAGUGUGGAGUGUUUUCAAUUUACACUCUAAUGCUGGGUGAGAAAACUAAAUGAAAGCCUUCUCAACCCUGUGCCACCCGCGUGAUUGGAUCUGGGAAACGGAACUUGAUCUGGUAAUAACCGCUCUGGUUAGCAGCAUGUCAUCCCACUGCCCUUUUCCUCAAUGGCCAAGGUGAUGAUUUGAUGAAUCAUACUUUUCAAGGUGCUUGACGAUGUUGAUGUUUCUGUUUGUGUCUCCGUGUGUUUCACUUUCAGAAUCCUAACAUUAUCAUGUGGUAUCAGUGUUGAAUCAAAAUCUGUCUUAUAAAGCCUCUGUCUUUGAAUGUGGCAGAGCGGAGGUGCAUGUAUGUGUUAUAUGGUCUUAACUAUUGGAUCACUUUUGGUUGUAUCAAAAGGCAGGGAUAACCAUAUUUUAUUUCAGCAGAGCCAUAGGAGGUCUGUGUAGUAAAAUGGUUAUUUACAGAUUUUUUUUCCAGUUGUAUUUUUUACCCUUCACGUGAUAUUGUUAACUUAUGCUUAUUUUCUAUAUUAGCAUGUUUUGCCACACUAAUACAGCACUGUUGUAGAUAGAGGACAUGGGGGUUGACAGAUGACAGUAGUCGCCAAAAACUCAAAAGAAGAUAUCUUAACUAAUGUUAAAUGUUUCAUUUAAAUGUCACUGUUUACAUCUGUGGGAUAACACCCAUUUCAUAUGUGACAUCAGUAUAUAUAUAUAUAUUUUUUUUGUAUGAAAUAUAAAAACUGAAGCUUUCUCACAGCCCACAAGACACAUUUUAUACUCUACUUUCUUUUUUUUUUAAACAUACAAGACACCUGUUUUUGAUCAUGCAAGAGAAAUACUGUUCUUGACCUUGUGAUCAGUGGCUCUAAUGUCUGUAGAAACUGGUGAAACAUGUUAAAUGCACAUCUCCAACAUAUACUUUUUGUUUAUCCAUGAAUGGUCCUGAGCAGUAGUGUAGUCGUUGAUUUCUUCAGAGCAGGCUCUUGGAUAGAUCUGACUUGCUAAUGCAUCAAACUCAUGUCCACAAAUAACUUCUGUGAAUUAAUGUUGAUCACUUUAAAACUCUUUUUAUUUUUUAACAAUUCACUUUACUGUAAAACCAACUAUUUGUUACAUAUAGCCUGGGUAGUCCUUUUUAAAACUUGUGCAAAAUGAACAUUUCUGCAUACAGAGACAGAGGUACUGUUUGUCAAAGGUAGCAGCAGGGGUUGGCAGUGUCUAUUUGAGCUUUUAAGUUGGUCAUUGUCAAACACCUAUAGUUGGCCAAGGAACAUGUGUACUCAAUGUUUACAUUCCACUGACGGGUGAAAUGUUUUGGGAAAAAUCAUUCACUAAUUUAACAUUUUGUAUUCUUCCUGCUGCAUCUGCUGGAAGGUUCAGAAUGAUCAGUGGAGGUGUGUACCAAGUGGUCCUGAGGUCAUAUUAAUGUCCCUGCCAGGUUGAAUAUUAUCUCUAGUCAGCUGAAUGCUAUGCUGUAUCAUUGUCUUGUACAAUUUAUAUUUAAGUAUAAAUACCCCAAAAUUUUCUAAGAUUUUGUGAACCCUUUGCAUCUGUUGCUAAUACUUUUUACUGUCACUUGUGUUAUGGUCUGAGGUGCAGCAUCCAUCGGGUCACUGACAGUUUAAAUAAAGAGUUCACUUCUUUUGCAUCUUCA